GAUGAACGCGAACCAGGGGGGGACAGUUGGCUCCAUGUUAUAUUGUUGAGAAUUCUUGAAGAGAUCAAUAGCGGCUAGAAGCGGGGUGACGCCGCGCUAUCACACAGCCGGCUUUUUCUUUACGGAAGUAUUCAGUUUUGACAAAAUCAUUUCACCCGUAUGAAGUCGAUAUUGUAAUUCCAUAAUGAACAAGAUGUCACGUUACCCAUCUGACUGCAAGAUCUAUGUAGGCGAUCUUGGAAGUAACGCAACGAAACAGGAGCUAGAAGAUGCUUUCACGUAUUAUGGACCCCUGAGAAAUGUCUGGGUGGCACGAAACCCACCUGGAUUUGCCUUUGUUGAAUUUGAAGACCCCCGUGAUGCGGAAGAUGCAGUCAGAGGACUAGAUGGGCGAACCAUUUGUGGCCGGAGAGCGAGGGUUGAACCCUCAAAUGGGAAAAGAUUAAGGGAUCGUGGCGGCCCCUCGAGACGUGGAGGUGGAAGACCUUUUCACCCUGAAGACCGAUGCUACGAGUGUGGCGAAAGAGGGCAUUAUGCUAGAGAUUGUCCAAGACACCGUGGUUCUCGCAGACGCAGGUCUCCCUCCAGGUCUCGCUCACGAUCUCGCAGCAAGCACUCCAGGACACGUUCGCCAUCGAGAAGCCCUUCCCGCCCCCGAGGAGGCCGAGAUAGGGACCGUUCUCGUAGUAGGGCCAGGUCUGUUUCUAAAGAUCGCAGCCCCCGUCGAACUAAAUCCAGAUCCCCGUCAAGGUCCCGCAGCAGGUAAACGUAGCCGUCCGAAUGGGGACCGAAAUGGAAAUGGCAAGGGUGAUUAAAAUUUAUAACAAAGUCACUUAGGGUAGACAUUGAUUACCGUUAAUAACAAUGGCCCACUGUUCUAUCAGAUUUUCUCAUUAUUCCAAAAAUAUGUAAAAUGUGAACCAACUUGAAUUUUCAUGAAGAUAUUUUCUCUUUGUAUUGUAAUAAUAAUUCUAAGGUUGAACACCUCCGAGUGAAAGUUUGAAAAUAUUCAUAAACAAUACGUGUUGACGAUCAAUAAAGAAUAAUAAAUAUAAAAAGUUUAUGCCAUAA